AUUUAAAACGAAAUUCUUCCGACAAGCUGUUGGCAUUCGCAUGCUUAUUCGAAGUCGACUAUGACACUCCAUCCAAGACUCAAUUGAUCGAUUCGAACCAUUAUACUCUCGUAGAAUCCUGUGCCUUCGGAUGGUGGUACACCAGUCUGUUGCCUAGCAAGCAACGCAUUGUUGUUUUUCAUACUGAUGACGAUCUGCUCCAUCAGAUUAAUAGAAAAAUCAGACUAGCUGAGGAGUUUAAUGAAUUCAUAAAGGAAACUUCCACACAUAUUGCAAAACACAUAAGCGAAUAUUCAUAUCGUCCUGUGGGGAAAAGGGUUAUGUGCAUGCCUGCGAAUUCAGCAAGCCUUUCUCAAUUUGCUUCCUACGAAAAUCGAUGGAUAGCGAUUGGUGAUAGUGCCGUUUCUUUUGAUCCACUCUCAUCCCAAGGGAUGCUUACCGCUCUAAAUAGCGCAAAGUUUGGGGCAGAAGCAAUAUUUUUCCAAUAUUUUAAUGGUAAGAAGACGAAAAACGAAGGGAAACAAAUUCAGCCCUUGGAGGUCUAUCAGCAAUACAUCGAGAACGUAUUGAGUAAAUAUAUGAGAGAAAAAGAGUUUUUUUAUAAUAAGGAACAAAGGUGGAAUAAUGAAGUGUUUUGGAAACGACGACACAAAGAUCUCAUUGAG